AUGUCUGUUUGCGCAGCACUGUUGCAGACAGCUUCCCCGUCCAGUAGCGGCAGUGAUCAUUCAAACGGCUACGAGGCCGAAACGAUGACUCCGCUUGAUGACUUACUUGGUUAUCAACAAUCUAAUCCGGAUUCUCGAAUUCGGCUACGACUGGAAGCAUCUCGUCAGGGAAUGCUACAGUUGGAGGCGCUUAGGGUUAAACAUCAAAAACUUAUGAAGGAGAUGAGAGUUCGUUUGUCUCGUUUUACUGAAAUGACCAGAAAACAGAAGUGUGGAACUCCUGCCGGCGGUGAUACUGUUUACAACAGCAGUUCAAACACCUUUAGAAAAACAGAAGAAGCACGAAGCGAAAGCCCAUUAAGUUGUUGUUUCAGCCACCGUUCUUCAGUAAGUAUGGAUUCUGGAUGCAUUUCUAUCGCAUCUGAUCCCAGUGUUAGUAGCAGUUCGUCCACAUCCUAUAGUGCUUUUCGUAAACUGUCAGUUGAAGAUCAGUCACAAACAGCUGAAAGCAAUUUCUCAUUACAAGAAAACCAAAAGAUUGUGGCAACCGCAAUUGAGAGUACGACGGCACUCCGUUGUCACGGUCCUAAGCGUUAUAUAAAAAAUUGGCAGAGGCCAAAGUCGAUGUGUGCUGCGUUUCCUAAAGAAAGUCCGUUACUGGUAGACGCAUAUUCUUUUUCGCAAAUUACGCCUCCACCAAUGCAUCGUAAAUUCUCGUCGGUAGCACGAUCUGAAAGCGUUCAGACACGCCGUCCUUUCAUAGCUGAAAGUUGUUUUGAUGUACGAGCUGACAGGAACGAGCAACGUCUAUUGAAGUCGGCUCAAUGUUCUCUCGGUCAGCCAUCAGUUUCUGCAGUAGUACUGCCUACCAAACCUCAUGCAUAUGUUUCGGCUGAAAAUGGAUCAGAUUCCUUGCCCUUGUUACGUCGUCGUGAUUCACAACUCAAAAAAUCACAGUCAAUCUUUCAUGCUAGCCGAAUUUUCGUUGAACGAACACCGAAGGCUGUUCCGGCCAGGCCACAAUCAAUGUUCAUUACUUCCAGGAUAGACUCUGAUAUAACUUCAUCCAGAAAUUCUCUGAUUUUAUCCCGCGAACCGACUUGUGUAUCGUCAACAAAUCUUUCUGCCUGUGAUAGUAAGACGCCUAAUUUUGAGCCAUCCAUUACAGUUUCAACGGUGUCUUAUACGCCUAUUAACCGUGUACCUCAUCGCCGAGAAGGCCAACAAGCAAAAGAUGUAUUGCUUGAAAGACCAAGAGAUCAUAUGAUUGUCGAUAGAGAAUGGAAGGAAUCUGAAGAUCUGUGA